AUGGCUACAGGAAUGUUCAGAGCAGCCUCCCAGCAUUGGCACGGCCGCGCUCUGCGCGUCGGGGCUUCGCCCAAAAUCAGGACUAUGCUUUUCGGUCAGGCCUUGAAUAAAAGCACCACCCUGACAACCGGACAGCUGCAGCGCACACUUCGGCCAGUUCUCUGUGCCUCUUUCCACUCCUCACCCUUCCGGUCGACAUCAGAUUCAGGAUCAAACCCUCUCAAGGAACCACCGACAAUCACCAAGGAAAGCAUCACGGUCGGCGGCAAGACUUACGAGACAGACCAUCUCACCAAUGUUACUCCUACAAUCCUCGAAAAGACAACCCGCCAAUUGCACCGUAUCCCUACACACCCGGUUGCCAUCAUCAAGGAUCUGAUCGCCUCCGCGUUCCCCGAUUUCAAGCACUACGAAACCUUCUCGCCCGUGGUCACGACCAAGGAAAAUUUUGAUGAUCUCUGCUUUACAAGCGACCACCCCGGUCGCGCUGCUACGGACACAUACUACCUGAAUGAGAAGAUUAUGCUACGGACACACACCUCGGCUCACCAACUUCAGGUCAUGACCGAGGCGGAUAAGGUUCUCGUCACCGCGGACGUGUAUCGGAGGGACGAAAUCGAUGCGAGCCAUUACCCUGUUUUCCAUCAAAUGGAGGGUGCACAGCUGUUUGAUGCCAAGACUGCAGUGGAAGACAUCCGUAAGGCAAUUGCGGCCGAUUCGACUGCGCAAUUUGGAUCGAUUCAUACGACCGACACGACUGUAAUCACUUCCCAGAAUCCAAAGCAGGAUUGCCAUGACGAGGCUGCCAUGCUGGCGACAGCUGAUCACUUGAAGCAUUCAUUGAAUAUGAUGGUACGGAAGCUGUUUUCGCACGAAAAAGACCUGCAGGUCCGGUGGAUCGAUGCUCAGUUCCCGUUCACAAGUCCAAGCUGGGAGAUGGAGAUUCUGUAUCAAGGAAAAUGGCUCGAAGUUCUCGGAUGCGGAGUCAUCAGGCAGGAUAUUUUGAACCGCGCAGGCAAGCCCGAUAAGAUCGGUUGGGCUUUCGGAUUGGGUCUCGAGAGACUGGCCCUCGUACUUUUUGGUAUCCCUGAUAUUCGCCUGUUCUGGUCCCAGGACGAGCGCUUCUUGCGUCAGUUCGAGCCCUCCAAGAUCCAAAAGUUUAAGCACUUCUCAAAGUACCCUCCCUGCAUCAAGGACAUCUCUUUCUGGACCAACAGCGACUUUCACGAGAACAACUUCUGCGAGAUUGUCAGAGACGUCGCCGGUGAUAUUGCCGAGACUGUUGAAAUGAUCGACGAAUUCACACAUCCAAAGACAAAGAAGCGCAGCGUGUGUUACAGAAUCAACUACCGCUCAAUGGACCGUAAUGUAACCAACGCCGAGAUCAAUGAAAUCCAGGAAAAGCUACGUGAACAGGUUGUCGAUCGUAUGAAAGUUGAGCUCCGUUGA